AUGGAUGAAGACUUUCUACAUGACAUUUACGAUUUAGAUAGUGAUUUCGAGUUAGGUAAUAUAAAUAUUGAUGAAGAUGUAAAUAUGAAAGCAAAUGAAUAUAUGAAAAAUGUUAAAAGAUAUAUAAAUGAGAAAAAGUUAAAAAGUUGUGAAAUAUUUUUAACAGAAUUAUUAAAUGAUUUUGAAAAUGAACCAUUUGAAUUUAUAAUAUUUUCAACAAUAAAAAUAUAUUGUAAUUUAAGGUUAUAUAAUUAUCGUUCGAUAUCCAAUGAUUUAACAGCUCUAGGUAAUUUAGAAAAUUCUUCUUAUCGAUUUGAAAAUUUUCCUGAUAAAUAUAAAAAGAAGAAAGGUACAAUGAUACCUUUUUUGUUAAGGUUAAUAAAUUGUUAUUAUCCAUACACUUUAAGUUUAUAUUUCACAUCUUUUGAUAGAUUAUAUUUAUUAAUAUUACAUUAUGAAAAAAUAUUAAAAAAAUGUAUUGAAUAUAUAUCAAUACAUGAAAAGAAAGAUGAAAAAAAGGAACACAUAAAAAUAAAUAUAUCUUCAUCUACUAAUAUAUCAAAUCAUUUAGAUUUUUAUGUACGAAAAAAAAAUAUUGUUUUUCAUUAUAUAUGUAUUACAUCUUAUGUAUUAUGUGAUUUGUUAUUAAAAAAGAAUUACAUAGAGCAAGCCAUACAAUUGUUGAGAAACAAAAUUUUAUACUAUGAACAAAAUGAUGUAAACACAAUUUCAUUAAUAGGGAAACUAUCUUUACUAAUGGGAUGUUUAGAUAUAUCUAUGGAAUGUUUUAAUAAAGUUGAAAGCUUUAUAAGUUCAGAGAAUUAUGAAAAUGAGAAUAAUAAAUACUUGAAAAAUAAUGGAGACAAAUUAAAUGAUAAUAACCGUAAGCAUAUUCUUUACAAUCAUUCAUAUAUAAAUAAAAAUUUUCUCAAUUUAUACUUAGAAGAAUAUAAUGUAGCAUUAAAUGAAUUAUUCAAAAUAUGUCCUGAUUUCUUUAACAAGAAUGCGAUAAAUGACUAUUCAUUUUAUUGUAACAAUUUAUCCAUAACAUAUUUUUAUAAUAAUGAUUUAAAGAAUGCUAUACAUAUCUUAGAAACAUUAAUAAAUGAGAAUUAUCUAAAUACAUUCCCUUCAUUAAUAAAGAAUUUGAAUUAUUUUUAUGAAUUAGGGAAAAUAAAAAAUGAACAAGUUAACAGUAUCAAUGAUUUUAUAAGUAAUAAUCUGGGGGAAGACCAAGAAAUAUUAUCGGUAAUUCCUAGACGUCCAUCAAAUUUAUAG